AUGUCAUCAUUAAAUGUCCUCGCCUCAUUGCCUAAGGAUCAUUUCCAUUGCUCGAUCUGUCUGAAUGUCUUUAGUGACCCAGUCACCACACCUUGUGGUCAUAACUUCUGCAAGAACUGCCUCAACGAGCACUGGGACAAGAGUGAGUUAUGUCACUGCCCGAUGUGCAAUAAAAGAUUCCACGUCAGGCCCGAGAUCUACACAAAUGUUGUUAUUGAUGAGAUUUCAGUCCAAAUGAAGAAGCAGAAAGUUGAGACACUGGAAUGCGCUGAUGCACCGUGGCAGGUGAAGUGUGAUGUGUGCUCAGAAGUGAAGUACAAGGCCCUGAAGUCGUGCCUGGUGUGUCUGACGUCAUACUGUGAAGCCCACCUGGAGCCUCACCAGAGAGUUCCCUCCCUGAUGAGACACAAGCUGAUCGACCCGGUGGUCAACCUGGAGGAGAGGAUGUGUGUAAAGCAUGAGAGGAUGCUGGACCUUUUCUGCAGGGAUGAACAGGUGUGUAUCUGUCUACUGUGCAAUGAGACAGACCACAAAUGCCACGACACAGCGCCUGUCGAGGAGGAAGGAGCUUUACAGAAGGGAAAUAUUGAGUCCAAAAAGGCUCAGAUCAAAAUGAUGAUUGAGGCCAGAAUGGAAACGAUAAAAGAAUUUACCGAAUCAUCUGAAAUGAGAAGAGAGAAAGCAAGUAAAGAGUCUGAUGACAGUGAUAAGCUGUUCAAUACUCUGAAGAGUCGUGUUCAAGAAAUGCAAACGAAAAUUAAUUCAAGUAUUCAAAAGAAGCUCAGAAAAUGUCAAGACAAAGACGAAGCGCUGAUUCAAGAGCUGGAGGAAGAAAUCAACCAACUGCAGAGGAAGCACUCUGAACUGGAGGAGCUUUCACAAAGUGAUGACCACCUUCACCUUCUGCAGACUUUGCAAGGCCUGAGCACCCUCUCAGACAGCAAGGACUGGUCUCAGAUCAGGGUUUACUCAGACGUGUACGUGCAGACUCUGAGGAGAGCAAUGUCUCAUCUUGUCAACACGUUUCAAGCUGAACUGAAAACUCUGACGAACACAGAACUGACAAGAAUGAGACAAUAUAAAGAGUCCGUCACCUUUGACCCAACCACUGCUGGCUGCUACCUUGUGGUGUCUGAAUUUGGUAAACGUUUGAAGUACUCCAAAACUGUGAGCCCUUCAUUGUAUGUUGACUCAGACAGGUUUGACUGUCCUAUGGUUUUAGGCACAAAGGGCUUCACCUCUGGGCGGCACUACUGGGAAGUCCAAGUAGGCCUUAGAAAUGAAUGGGAUGUCGGUGUUGCCAAGGAAACGGUAACCAGGUCUGGGAGGAUUGUUGUGAAAAGAGAAAAUGGCUUUUUUGCCAUAGGGAAGAAAGGUGCUGAAUAUAAAGCUCAAUGCACACCUUACACAGUUCUUAACUUGAGUCCCAGGCCACGAAAGGUCGGAGUUUACGUGGACUACAAGGAAGGCCGAGUCUCCUUCUAUGAUGUGAAUGAGAAAUUGCAUAUUUACUCUUUCACAGGAGAAUCUUUCACAGAGAAACUGCUCCCGUACUUCUAUCUGUACAGUUGGGCAAAGAAAUCAGAGCCUUUGGUUAUUACCUCAAUGGAAACAUCUCUCCUCACUCACUUUGGCACCCUCAGACAAGCUAAAGAAUAA